AUGAGUGGGAAAACUGUGAUUGCGUUUGACGUUUACGGCACGCUGCUGUCGACGGAGUCUAUUUCCUCGAAACUGGAGGCCUACUUUGAACGCACGAAGGCGCAAUCGAUUUCCGCAUUAUGGCGCCGGUACCAACUUGAGUACACAUGGAGACUCAACUGCAUGGAACGCUAUGAAAACUUCUCGAUUGUCACCAAAAAUUCCCUACAACAUGCGCUAGCUGACCACGGAGAACAAUUAUCGGACGGGGACAUCGCAGACUUGAUGGAAGCAUACGACAGCCUUUCGGCGUUUCCUGACGUCACGCCAGCGUUGAACCGGAUUGGGAAUGACCCCAAUCUACACGCAGUCAUCUUCUCCAAUGGCACCCAAGAGAUGAUCUCGAACUCCGUGCGUCGUUCCAAGGAGCUUUCACAGCAUGCCAGUAAACUUCACGACUUCGUAUCGGUCGAGGAUGUUCAGAGAUUCAAGCCGGCCCGGGCAAGCUACGCCAGCCUUGCCGAGAAGGUGGGGAAGCGACCAAGCCAGAUGAACGAAAUAUGGUUGGUGAGUGGGAAUCCCUUCGACAUCACCGGCGCACGCAGCAUGGGGAUGAAUGCGAUCUGGGUGGAUCGGGCUGGGAAAGGAUGGCACGAUGCAGCCGCGCCCCAACUGAAGCCGACUGCCAUCGUGCAUAGCCUGGAGCAUAUUGUAGAUGAGAUCCAGAACCGAAAGUGA